AUGCCCAGAGAAAUAAUAACACUGCAAGCGGGCCAAUGCGGCAACAGCGUCGGGCAGCAGUUCUGGCAGCAGCUGUGUCAAGAACACGGCAUCAACCAGGACGGCAACCUCGAAGACUUCGCGACCGAGGGCGGCGACCGCAAGGAUGUCUUCUUCUACCAAUCGGACGACACGCGGUACAUCCCACGAGCCAUCCUCCUCGACUUGGAGCCGCGAGUGCUGAACUCCAUCCAAACGGGCGCAUACAAGAACAUUUACAACCCGGAGAACUUCUACAUGCACAAAGAUGGCACCGGCGCGGGAAACAACUGGGGCAUGGGAUACAGCAUGGGCGAGCAGGUGCAUGAGGAUAUUCUGGACAUGAUCGAUCGCGAAGCAGACGGCUCCGACUCGCUCGAGGGCUUCAUGCUGCUGCACUCGAUUGCAGGCGGUACUGGCUCGGGUCUCGGGUCCUUUAUGCUCGAGCGACUAAACGACAGAUUCCCCAAGAAGCUCAUACAGACAUACAGCGUCUUUCCCAACACCCAAGAAGGAGACAUCGUGGUGCAGCCAUACAACAGCUUGCUCAGUAUGCGCCGGUUGACCCAAAACGCCGAUUCUGUGGUCGUCCUUGACAAUGGCGCCCUUUCCAAGAUCGCUGCAGACCGACUGCAUGUCCUGAAUCCUUCAUUCGAGCAGACGAACCAGCUUGUCUCGACCGUCAUGUCCGCCAGUACCACAACGCUUCGAUACCCCGGAUACAUGCACAACGACCUGGUUGGUAUUGUAGCAUCGCUCAUUCCCACGCCGCGCUGCCAUUUCCUCAUGACCGCCUACACGCCCUUCUCGGGUGAGAAUGUCGAACAAGCAAAGACUGUGCGCAAGACCACCGUACUGGACGUCAUGAGGCGAUUAUUGCAGCCCAAGAACCGCAUGGUCUCUACGAACCCCACAAAAAAGAGCUGCUACAUGUCGAUAUUGAACAUCAUUCAAGGAGAGGCUGACCCGUCCGAUGUCCACAAAUCACUUAUGCGCAUCCGAGAACGACGACUAGCCACAUUCAUCCCAUGGGGCCCUGCCUCGAUCCAAGUUGCCCUUACCAAGAAGUCCCCAUAUGUCACAUCCUCGCACCGUGUGUCCGGUCUCAUGCUUGCCAACCAUACCGGUAUCGCCACCCUCUUCAAACGUAUAGUCGCACAGUACAACACCCUCAGGAAACGAAACGCCUUCCUCGAGCCCUACAAGCGCGAAGCCCCGUUCAAGGAUGGCCUUGGCGAGUUCGACGAAGCUAAGGAAGUCGUCACGGGCUUGAUCGAGGAGUACGAAGAGGCUGAAAACGCCGACUACUUGACUAAAGAGGUGGCACCCACGGAUGAAGGUGACGAUAAGCGAGUGGGAUAG